UAGAGACACGUAAAAGGCAGAAGGAAGGAUCUAGAAUCAUCCUCCUCCACCUCCUUCUCACUCGUCCCCCUUUCCUAGUACUAGUAUAAAUACAAACCUUAAACUUCUUUAUCGCUCUACAUUUCUCGUUCGUUGGUUUGUAGCCGAAGAGAACUGUCCACUCGAAGGGUUUAAAGAAAGAAAGUAGGAAUCAUCCGCCAUGGACGAGGAGGAGAACAAUGCUUACAGACCAAUUGAUUCCGUCUUGGCUCCCCGCUUCAUCCAAAUGAUGAAGAACUCCGCAAGGAACGGAACCACCGAUAUGGAUUCUCAGCUUCAAGAGAUUCUCAGGAGAAGAGGAAGACGUCCCGUUUCCAUCGAGCAGCUGCUUCAGGGCAUACGCACUGGCUUAACACUUGCACCUGCUGAUGACGACACCAACAACGCACGUGAUGAUGAUGCUGGCAGAGAGAGAGGACGCGUGAUCGUCACCAAUCCUUUCAAUCAGAUCGUCGCUGUCCCGAGCUCUGCUGUUUCCGACACUCUGCGUCCCGUUGCUGGUUCUCUCAGCGAGUACUUCAUCGGUCCUGAGUUCGAAGCGUUGAGGUAUGGAACACCUCCUGCUCGGAGAGAUGCUGUUGAGGCUCUGGCUGAUGAUCUGCUCGUCCUGAAUCCGGGGAUCCAGUGUUUGGUUUGUUUGGAUUAUAUUGAGAUGAACACUACUGGGAAACAGAUGCCUUGUCAGCACAAAUUUCACAGUUACUGCUUGCUCUACUGGCUUCAGCUUCAUAGCUCGUGUCCGGUUUGUAGGUGUCAGCUACGCACUGCCAAGGAUGAGGCAGAUGGUGGGUCUUUUUCUUCUUCAAGUCAGGGAUCUGAGAACAACGACCAGGAGGAGGAGGGUCCCAUGGCUGCUUAGCCAAGCCCCAACCUGGUUCUCUAGAUAGCAGCAAAUCCAUAGGAGCAACCAUAAGAGUAUCAUGAGACCAACUUAAAUAAGAACUUCUUUGUGGCUUUGUCUUUACUUGGUUGAAUGGCUACUACUACUACCUCUCAUCAUUUUGUGAUGUUUUUUUUUUGGUUUUCGAGACUUGUCUACCUUUUGGAGAAUUCUGUUAGUCGCUUUGUGUUUUUUUUUUAUUUGUCGGUUUAGUUCAGUCUUCUUCGGUUGAUGAAAUUGAUGGUUAAUGGUGCA